AUGGCACCGAUUAAACAUAUCGAAUACUUUCGUGUACCUCCCCGGUGGCUGUUUGUCAAGGUCACAGAUUUCGAGGGUAAUUUUGGGUGGGGUGAAGCUUCGUUAGAGGGGCAUACCGAAGCAGUUGAAGGCUGUCUCGAUGCUUUUAUCGAACGAUUCGUCGGCUUGGAUGCUAAUGACAUAGAACAUAUCUGGCAAAAUGGAUAUCGCAUGGGGUUCUAUCGAGGUGGGCCAAUCUUGAUGAGUGCCUUGGCUGGCAUCGAUAUUGCUUUAUGGGACUUGAAAGCUUCACGGUUUGGGGUACCUAUAUACGAACUAUUGGGUGGCAAGCUCCGCGAUCAGUUGAAGGUUUAUGCUUGGAUAGGCGGGGAUCGACCAGGAGACGUGGAGGCACAGGCUCGCGGUCGCAUAUCACAGGGCUUCAAGGCCGUGAAAAUGAACGCGACCGAAGAUCUUGGCUGGUUGGACUCACCCUCGUCACUAAACGCCUCGGUGGAACGACUGAAGACUGUUAAGGCUUUGGGCCUUGAUGCUGGUGUAGAUUUCCAUGGACGAGUGCACAAGGCGAUGGCCAUCCAGCUUGCACACAAACUAGCUCCACAUGAGCCGCUGUUCAUCGAGGAACCAUUACUCUCCGAGCACCCAGAGUCUGUUGCCGCUUUAUCGAAAUUGGUCGCUGUGCCCAUUGCCCUCGGCGAACGUUUGCACUCUCGCUGGGACGUCAAGCCAUUCUUGGAGUCGGCAUCUGUCAGCAUUCUUCAGCCUGACAUCAGUCAUGUUGGGGGCAUAUCGGAACUGCGCCGUAUUGCAGUCAUGGCCGAAGCUUACGACGUGGCUUUGGCACCGCACUGCCCUCUGGGCCCCAUCGCACUAGCUGCGAAUAUUCAGGUCGAUGCGGUAUCGGCUAACUUUGCCAUUCAAGAAAUGAGCUUGGGUAUUCACUAUAAUGAAGGCUCGGCGGAUAUUGGAACUUACAUCAAAAACCCCGAGGCCUGGACAGUACACGAUGGAAUGAUAGAUCUAAUGCGGGGCCCCGGCCUUGGAGUAGAGAUGGACGAAGAAAAAAUCCGAGCAGCCGCCGUGGGUGCCAAAGCUUGGCGAAGUCCUUGCUUCCAAGGUCCUGGUGGGCCGCAAGCGAGCGGGUGCAUAUCCGAGGCGGGUAAUAUCCGAGAAAUCCCAGUGAAAGAAGCAACUCGCACUGAGACCUGUCGCCUUGACUUGCAAUAUUUGCCUCCCCCACCUAAACAAAUAUUACCCGGCAUUGACGAGCUUGUUUCCGAAGCCAAGGCAAGAGUUCAUGAGCUAUGGAGACGCAAGAGGAACCACCGAGUAAACGCCGACGGGAGAAGCACCGAGAAAAAGUUACGCUGCACCGGGACGUUGCCCUGUUACGGUUGCAACCGCACUGGCAAGAAGUGUGAAUAUACUGCCGAUUACAAUCGAGGUAAGGUGCCUCUGGUUCGGUUCACAGAGCAGCCAGUGAAUGGGAACAAUGAGCAGCACGAACAAUUGAAUUCCGCGGUAGAAGCAGCUGGACUGGCUUCUUCACCUCGGCCACGGCUUGUGCAGAGCUCUGAGAUGCUUGAGUCAAGCCAAACUGGUGAUAAUCCUCCUUCUCGUGCCUCUCUUGAGCCUCAUCAAACAGAUUCCGAGGGACAUUACGUCGGUCCUUCCUCUGGAGUCUCGUUUCUGAUUCGAGCACAAAGAAAAUUACAUAAAUACUUGGCGCUUCCCAUGAACACGCCGAUAUUCACAUUUGGAGACUGCCCGUUACCUGAAGCUGAAUCGGCGUUCAUGCUACUACCUCCAAAAGAUGAAGCUGACGCGCUCGUGGCGCGGUACUUCGAUUUUGCGUUUCCUACGCAUCGCUUUCUUCACCAACAGCAAGUCGAGGGUUGGGUCGAUGAAUUCUACAGGGCUGUGCUGGGAUCAGAGGCUAUCAUUUCCGGCAUGCAAGGAAAAAGGGCCGUGGUCUUAAUGGUAUUCGCUCAAGCUAAGCAAUCACAAUCAGAAUUAUACGGAGCAUCGAAUGACGCGUCUACGAAAAGUGCGGCUUAUUUUGCGGCCUCUGAAAAGCAACUCUCUGCAGAGACCGGCCCUGUUCGUUUGACUAGUGUUCAAGCACGCCUAGCACAAUGUUUCUAUCUCCUGUCGCAAUCUCGCAUCAAUCAUUGUUGGAGUUUAUUCGGGACAACAGCUCGGCUCGCUAUGGCAAUUGGUCUGCAUCGCAACCGCAAGCGGGAAUUCGGAACGAGCGUUGAUCUUGUUGAGUUUGAGUGUCGAAAGCGCGUAUUUUGGUGCGCAUACAGUUUGGAUAACUACCUUAGUGCGGCCUUAGGUCGCCCACGAAUAUUUCAUGAUCAUGACAUAGACCAGGAUUAUCCGGCUGUUAUUGAUGACCCACGCAUUCUUCAACAUCAAAUUCUCCCCCCUGCAUCGACUCGACAGAGUACAAUGCUCGCUCCCUUAUACCAUGCCAAGCUCUCAGUUAUCAUUGGCCAUAUAUUACAUGAUAUGUACGGGGCUCAAAGGUCAACUUCUCAGACUGAAGCAUUGGCCGCCGCUCGUCAUGGAGCGAAUCUGACCAACUGGCGUCAAGAGAUCUCUAGAUUCCUUGACUCUUCGAAUGUGGACCUUUUGAUAUUGAUAUACCAACGGCAGUAUACAGUGCUCAACUUAGCUUUCUAUCAUGCGCAGAUUCUGCUCUACCGACCUUUCAUGAUAAAGCAUCUUGGUUCUCUGGCGGACCCAGAUAAAUUACAAGAUGACUCUCAAGGCGAGUCCAUCAAUCAAUAUAUUAAUAUGUGUCUCACAGCUGCUACGGAAAUCGCCGGAGUCAUUCGUGAUCUUUGUGAAAAACGCAGAAUGUAUAGCACGUUCUGGUUUACUCAUUAUUACGGGUUCUCCGCUAUCAUGAUCUUAUAUGUGCGUGUUAUUCAGCUGGCUGCACAGAAAGAUAACCCGGAGGAAGCCUCCAAAUACUUACAGAUAGGAGAGCAAGCUCAAAGGGAUUUGACUAAUUAUGGCUCCCGAUCGUCUUCUGUACAAAGAUACGUGGUUGUUCUGGAAGAGCUUCGCCAAGAGGCUCGGGCAGCUAUGAAUCGGAAUGAGCAACAUCCACUGCAAAAUAACAUCAGCAAUAACACGAUUUCAUACGAUAAUGCACCACAGGGUGUUUCUGGGGUGUUAGCCAAUCGUCAAACAGAUCAGCCGGACGGAUUUGAAUCGAUGAAUCGACAGUUAGAUAUCAAUAAACUCGUCGUCGAGAAUCACGGUGUCGAGCAACCUGAGGACUUGCAAGGUGCCAAUUUGAUGAUACAUCCUUCGCUCCACUCCAAUCCUCCACAGUGGAUAGAUGGCGCAGUCGAUAAUAAUUUUUCUUUGAAUGGUCCUGAAUUUGCAGACUGGGGACAACUCGAUUCCUUAGCUGUCGCGGGGAUGGGCGAAUUGGAUGUUGUUUUUUCUCACGGCUGGGAACUCAAUGGCUAA